UAUUGCUAUUGCAGGUUCAGGUCCAGACGGGCGGCCAUCGGUGGCCACCAUGUCCUUCUUUCUCCGGGGCGGCGGUGGAGGCGGCGGCGGCGGCAGCUUCGGCGACGCGCUCAAUGACGCGCUCGGCACCCUCAACCAGCUGGUGGGCGACGGCGGCCGCGGUCCGCCCCGCCCCCCGCCCCGCGGCGGCUACGACAACACCGGACGCGACCCCCUCGCGGGGCUGGCCGACCAGCUCGGGGGCCUCGGAGGCCUCGGUGGGCUGGCGGGGCUGGCCGGGCUCGGCGGCUUCGGCGGCGGCCGCUACAGCGACUGGGGCAGCAUCAAGGACCGCUACUUCAGGCCCAGGCCCAAACCACCUCAGAAGCCCAGGCCACCCAUGAGCUUCGGCGACAUCGUGGGGAAGACCAAGGGAGCGUACCACUUCAUCAACAGGCUGCUGCCGAAGACGAGGGACCCCAGCAUCAGCAACCCCGCCCUCCUGCCGUUCGCCGUUGGCGAGAAGGGUUCAGGAAUCAGAGCGCGAGGAGAGGUCCAGGACUUCCACAAAAUACAGGCACAGUGUUUGUCAGAGGGUGUCCUAUGGGAGGACCCUAAUUUCCCUGCUGUAGACUCAUCCAUUUUCUACACCAGAGGCCCACCCAAACCAUUUGAAUGGAGAAGACCAGGGGAGAUCACUGGAGAUCCCCAGUUUAUGGUUGGGGGAGCUUCUCGAUUCGACAUCCAGCAAGGAGAACUUGGCGACUGUUGGCUGCUGGCUGCUGUUGCAAAUCUCACCCUGCACGAUGACCUCUUCUUCCAAGUCGUUCCACAUGAGCAAGGAUUUGAAGACAAUUACUGUGGUAUUUUCCAUUUUAGGUUUUGGCAGUAUGGACGGUGGUUAGAUGUAGUUAUAGAUGACCGUCUGCCUACAGUUUAUGGAGAACUUGUUUUCCUACAUUCUUCUACAAAGAAUGAAUUCUGGAGUGCUCUCUUAGAAAAAGCAUAUGCUAAACUGCAUGGUUCCUAUGAGGCACUUAAGGGUGGUACAACAUGUGAAGGCAUGGAGGACUUCACGGGUGGUGUCACUGAAAUGUAUGAGCUAAGAGAAGCACCUGGCAACCUGUACAAGAUAUUGCUCAAGGCCUAUGAGCGUUCCUCGCUUAUGGCAUGUUCUAUUGAGCCUGACCCACAUGUAACUGAGGCGCGCACGUCUUCUGGCCUGGUUAAGGGACAUGCCUACAGUAUCACUCGAGUGCAGUAUGUGGAUGUCCAGACCCCUAGACAAAGUGGUAGGAUACCCCUUAUUAGACUGCGCAAUCCUUGGGGUAAUGAGGCAGAGUGGAAUGGACCCUGGAGUGACCAGUCACCUGAGUGGAGGUUAAUUCCAGACCAUGAAAAGGAGGAGAUUGGUCUAAUCUUUGAUGAUGAUGGUGAAUUCUGGAUGUCUUAUCAGGACUUCUUAACACAUUUCACUCAACUAGAGAUGUGUAAUUUAAGUCCGGAUUCUAUGGAAGAUGAUAACAUAAAGAAAUGGGAAGCCAACACCUAUGAGGGAGAGUGGGUUAGGGGUGUUACUGCUGGUGGUUGCAGGAAUUAUCUUGACACAUUUUGGCACAACCCUCAAUACAGAAUUACCUUAACAGACGUUGAUGAGGAUGAUGAUGAAAACAGGUGUACUGUAAUUGUAGCUCUCAUGCAAAAGAAUAGACGAGCUCAGCGAAAAAAAGGCAUGGAAUGUCUUACUGUAGGUUUUGCUGUGUACAAUUUGGGCCAUGAUCCCGAUAGUCUACCAAAGCCUUUGGAUUAUAAUUUCUUUAAGUACAAUGCAUCUUGUGCAAGAUCUCCGUCUUUUAUUAAUUUACGAGAAGUUAGCUGCAGAUUUAAACUUCCUCCUGGUUCCUACUGUAUUGUGCCGUCCACCUUUGAGCCAAAUGAACAGGGUGAAUUUAUUCUUAGAGUGUAUUCUGAGAAGCGUAAUAACAUGGAAGAGCAUGAUGAAGAGGUUGGAAUUGGUCACAUUGAUCCUAGAGUGAAAGAUGAAGAUGAAGACACUGAAAUGGCAAAGAAGGACGAGAAGGUUAAAGGGCUGUUCUUGAAGUUGGCUGGUGAGGAUGGUGAAGUGGACUGGAUGGAACUGAAGGAGAUCAUGGACUACACCAUGAGGAACGAGCUGCCCAGUAGACCUAGACCCCCGACCCAACACCAGGUUGCACCCAUGGAAGAUGAUACCCUGGUUGGCCAGCUGGUUAACCUGUUGUGUGGAGUCAUUUGCAAGGAUACACCACUGGGUACGGCAUUUGCCUCUGGUGGUGAUCAAGGACAUGCCGCUGAUACUCGGUCCUCUGGCUUUGCCAAGGAAGUGUGUCGUAGCAUGGUUGCCAUGAUGGAUGCUGACCACUCAGGCAAGUUGGGAUACGAGGAGUUCAAGAUACUCUGGACAGAUAUCAGACGUUGGAGGGCGGUCUUCAAGCUGUACUGCAAAGAAGGCUCGGGUUUCUUGAGUGCAUUUGAGUUGAGACAAGCUCUCAACUCUGCUGGUUACCGGCUGAACAACCACAUUUUGAAUAUCCUGUUCCAUAGAUAUGGUGCUUCAGAUGGCACUAUAACAUUUGAUGACUUCAUGAUGUGCGCCAUUCGCAUGAAAACCAUGAUAGAUCUGUUCCGAGAGAGAGACCCUGACAACACUAAUUCAGUUUCUUUCACCCUUGAAGAAUGGAUGGAGAAGACCCUUUAUUCAUAGUCUAUUUAUUAAGCCUCUCCUUUCCAUCUUGCUUUUGUACUUUAGCUCUAUUUUCUUACUCCCAAGUUUCUCUACAUGAUAUUAUUAACUUACUUUAAGAUUGACCUUAAAGAAAUAUGCAUGGAAAGGAUCAUUUGUGCAUGGGAGACUAAUAGCUAAUAUAAUGCUUUGGCAAUCACUGCCAGAGAUCUGUAUUUUUGUUGAGUAUUUUGUACAUGAAUUAUGCAGUCCAUUUCCAUUCAUAGUCUGCUGCUCUUUCAUCAGUCUUUUGCAAAUCUCUUUUAACAUGUUGCUUGCAUUUGAGAACUGUGUGAUGCUAUUUAAUAAUUUAAUUUUAAUGAUUCAUAUUUUUAAUUGUGCUUCCCCAUGUAAGAAAAAGUUGUUUCUAAGUACUGUGUUUAAUUUCAAUAAAAUUUAUUUUAUUCUUUUGUAAA